GCAGCUUUAGUGCUGUUUGUGUGCAACUAGAGACUCAGAAGCACUGCGGUGUCAAACAGGGUGACUUUUCAUUUGGCCUUUCCCUCUCUCAUAGUGCGCGGCGCGCUUUUUGGGGGGACAUCACAUCGGAAAAACUGUUUUCGAUCCAAAAUGCAGCACGUGAGUGGAAUACUGGAAAAUCACAGGUGAAGCAGUAGCAGAUCAAGAUGUUUGUUUCUCGUGCAGGAAAAAUGUGGAGAGAUGCAGAACAGGCGCUGACUCUGAUGUUUCUCCUCUCGUGGAUCUCACACAGCAUGUGUCAUUCUCCCCCAGGGAGGCCCAGAAUAACAAGAUGCCGGUCGCCUGAGAAAGAGACUUUUACUUGCUGGUGGGAGCCUGGAUCAACAGGUGGAUUGCCCUCCAGCUAUCACCUGUAUUACAGAAAAGAGAGCUCUUUGGAAGUCUCUGAAUGUCCGGAUUAUCAUAAGGCAGGGAACAAUUCGUGUUAUUUUGAUAAGCGCCACACGUCUCUUUGGAUCACAUACAACAUCACAGUGGUGGCCUCCAAUGCACUGGGAGAAGCCUAUUCAGAAUCUGUAGAAGUUGAUGUUAUGGAUAUCGUGCAGUCUCACCCUCCAGAGAACGUAAAUGUGACUCUCAUGCAGACCGCGAACAGUCCCUAUUUCCUGGUGCAGUGGCAGCCUCCACAUGACGCAGACACACGUUCAGGCUGGGUAACAAUCAAAUAUGAAGUUCGCUUAAAAAUUGAGAACAGAGGACAUGAGGAGGACAGCAAAUGGGAGUCAUAUAGUGCUGGAAAACAAUUGGAGUUUAGCAUCUACAGUCCACAGCCAGGAGCAUAUUACAUCGUUCAGGUGCGCUGUAAACUAGACCAAGGUCUCUGGAGUGAAUGGAGCCCCUCUGCUUUCAUCCAGAUUCCAGACAAUACAUCUGACACACAGAAUGCAUUUAUGAUCAUUGCUGUCACACUAAUGGUCAUCAUUUUCCUGCUGACUGCAGGAGUGCUGACAGUCAAGAUGAAACCGGUGAAGCAUUUUUUACUGCCACCAGUUCCAGAACCGAAGAUCAGUGGCUUAGACACUCGGCUCCUUAAGAGUGGUAAGUCCGAGGAAAUAUUCAGUGCUCUGAUUACUCCGGGAUAUCCCCAAAUAGCUCAGAGAUCAGACCGUCAAGUGGACUACCUCGUGGUCUCUGACUAUGACGAGGAAAUGGAUUUUAAUGGCAAAGCUCAUCUUGAGUGCCAAAAGGGAAAAAACUGUCUCACAGAAACUGCACAAAAGGUCUCUCAAAACAGCAUCCAGAUCACGUUGAACAGCAGUCAGGAUCUAAGCACCACCCUGAGCGAACACGUCUACCCUGGGACCGUCUCCAAUCAGCUAAGUGCCACCAGCAGUGUCCUUGGAGAGCCACGACAACUACUUCAGCUUAAUUGCAAUGGCUCACCAGAGAAAGCUCAGGAUCAAAACGCUCUAAUGAGCUCCGGUAGCAAAUGUGAGAUCGUCAGCAUCCACCCUGCUGGACUUAUGGGGUAUGUUGAGGUUGAUGAGGAGAAACGAGACCAGACACCUCUGGCAGGGGAGGACUACAGCAUGGUCACUGACGUUAUCAGUGAUAAUAUCCUUGUACUACAAGACAGCAUCCCCAUACAGGGUCACAAAGAGGUCAAAUGUGACAAAACAUUUAAAGCCGAGGAAACAGGAGGGGUUUUCGAACCUCUGGGAUACUUGGAAACCCUGACAACAUUUUUAAGGGGAUCUUGACUGUUUUCUUGCGACUUAAACUUCAGAGGUUUGGGAUUGUUUUGUGUCUUAGUGUCCUACUCCAACUGUCAAGCACUUUGUUAGUAGAGAUGGGAGAAGGGUUCUUUCGGCAAUCAGGGGUGCGUUUCCCAUACAAUGACAUGCUGCUAAACUACCUGAAUACAAAGAAUCGCUGGAGAAAUUAACUAGCUAUUCAUAAUUGAUCCACAAAACUGCUUCUUUAUCAUUUUAACCACAUUGGCUCAACAAUGUUUUUACUGAAGUCACGCAGGUGGUGGAGUAAUUACUUUUGCUAAUCAAUCAUUUUGGAUCAAAUUAAUGUCAGAUUAUUGAUGUAAAUCACAAACAUGGCAUAUGAGGACUACAAAAAUGUUGUGAGCCAUUUUUUUUAGUGUCAUUUGCAGCUUCCCCUGGGCACUAGAGCACAAUCACAUUCUUCAAAAACUGCACUUUCAUUCUCUUGACAAAAUAAUAUAUAUAUAUAUUAUAUAUAAUGGAAUGAAGGAGAUACAGAUUGUACUGUUAGCUUGCUUAUUUUCUCAAGAGCAUGAUCUUUUAAAGUCCAUAUGUCAUAGAAACUAUGGUUGUAACUACAGGUCGAGAACUGUAUUUCUAAACACAGAACUUUGCGAUGCUAUCUUUGAAUGUUCGUUGGGACUGUGGUUUCAGAAACAGCUAAUUUAUUGAACAAUGUUGGGAGCAGUGGAACUUGUAACCAUAUUUGGUUAAUGAUGCCUUUGCGAAACGCACCUGUGUUACCUUGUGUCUGUCAAUCUGCACAACUACAGGUACAGUUUGCACAACUACAGAACAGUUUCUAACCAACAGAAAGCUGCAGUAAAGAGUCGAAAAUUCGUUUAAAAGGCAGCAUCAUUCCAAACCGUUACACAUCGACCAAAAGCUGUUAAAAAAUACCCCACUAAAGAUCAUUAGAGUAAUUGUUAAACCUUUCAGAAUGUUUCUACAACCUUCUACCUCAUAGCAGACACACAAAACAUCCCACUGCGGUUUCUGACACUUUCUCCAGAAACCUGGCACUUUUCUAAAUCCUUGCUGCUUCUGAUCUUUCAAAGUUUGAUUAUUAUUAAGAGUUUUCAUAGUUAAUUGGAAACAUAUUUUAAAAUACAGAAAAGCUAAUUUUGUAUAUUUCUUAACAGUGAUACUAUGAAUAUAAUAAGUGUGAGAUUUCUUUGGUCAAAACAUCUAAUGAUGACGAUACAGUGUAUUUAUUGAACUAUAUAUCCACUAAUUACAUGUCACUCAAUCCAUUUUAUUUAUACUUGAUUUAAUCUUGAUUUAUAACACUGGUAUGAUGUUAAAAUAGUCUUCAAUAUUUACUCAUUUUUGCAUAUACAGACAGCAUCACUGAAUGCAUCCUUCUGAACUGAACUUGGACACUCGUAAAGGCAGUAUCUAUCUAAGACUAAUGUCAUAAAACUCUGGUGCACAAGGUCUGGCAAAGCCUAGCUACUGUCAAAGCUUAACCAAACACAAGGGCAGUGACUUUUUUCCACUUUAUAUAGAGCGCCUCAGAGAAGCUAGUUACAUUGGCAGACAUAGAUGGGUCAGCUGGUCUCAUCAUGGAACAUUUAUGGUCUGCAGUGCAGCAGUAAAGAGUUACUUUAAGUCAAACAUUGACUUAACACUAUACAAGGACAAACAUUUGGUUCGGCAUGAAAGAAAAUGCUAGAACUGUUGUGCAGCUUUUCUGUGUAGUGUAAAUUAUAAUGCUCGCCAUUUGUUUUAUAUCACCCAUUGUGGUACAUUGUAUGUGUUUUGUUUUUUAUGUAACAAUGUGAUGCUUAAGACAUACAAUUCUUAAAGAGAUUUAAUAUUUAGUUAUGUAAAACCUGUUAGCACGGGGGUGCAUUGGUGUUUCUCUUGUUCAUCACAUUCUUUCACUGACAGUGGCAUGUGUUAUUUAUCCACAGCUGGACAAUGUCCAGAGGAAAUCACUAAAAGGUUAUGGUUUUUAUUUUUGACCAUCACAUUUCAGUUGUGCAAUUUUUUUUAUUAAGCUAAAUAAAAAAAUGUAUUGAGCUAAAAUAAAGAGUUCUAUAAACAAAAA